UCAUUAGUGUUGUUUUUUUAUCUCAAAGAAACCCCAAGUCGAAAAAAAUUGUUCCUAUUUUUUUUUUCUCAUUCCCUUCAAUUUUUCCUGUAACUCUGUGGAAUCUCACGGCAAGCAAAACCCAGCAAAGCUAUAGUAAAAAAAGCUUCCAAAAACCCAUUUUUGGAGCCAGUUGGUAACCCACUUGGGAGUAGGAACCUUACCCUCUCCAAAUCAAUUUUGUAAGUUUUCUUGUCAAAGUUGGUUACAAAACAGAAACUGCAAACUUCGAAACGUUUCUAUCUAAAAUUGCUGCUUUUCUUUUUCCCGCGUGAGAUUUAAACAAACGGGAAACAUGUUUACCAAUGAUCAAAGGCAGCAAGAAAGAACUGGACAAUAUGGAACUUCAAGGCAACAAUAUCUUCAGGAAUUGGUGAAUCAGUUUCAGAACACGUCUGAUGAAGAAACAAAAGAAAAGAUUGCUGCAAACUUGGCAAACUUUGCUUAUGAUCCAUAUAAUUAUUCUUUCUUGCGCCAGCUCAAUGUUUUGGAACUCUUCCUAGAUUGCAUAACAGAACCAAACGAGAAGCUUAUGGAAUUUGGAAUUGGAGGCAUCUGCAAUUCUUGUGUGGAUCCAGCUAAUGCUGCUAUUAUCACUCAGUGUGGUGGAAUCCCUCUUGUCAUUAAGUGUUUAUCAAGCCCAGUCAGAAAUACAGUGAAUUAUGCUCUGGGAGCCCUUUAUUAUCUUUGUAACAAGUCUAACAGGGAGGAGAUUCUGAAGCCUGAAGUAAUUGAUGUCAUCGAGAGGUAUGCUGCAGCUCAAACUGUAAAUGCAAGCUUCAGUAACCUGGCCAAAGCAUUUCUUGACAAGCAUGUAUCUUGAUGCUAAGUUUUCACUAUGCAGCUUACAGCUGCAGAUCUCGUGGAUUCAGCUAUUUGUGCUCUGGUUUAUAUGGAAAGAGUCAUGCAACAUGCAAAUCUGCAGAGCACUGCAAAACUGGUUGCCAAGGGAGACAUUAUGGCAUUGGUUUGAGGGAUUGAUAAUAUUAGGUUCCAAGUAGCAGUAGCAGUAGCAGGUGGCCAUUUAACAAUGUAGCUAGUUAGGUUAUUAUUAUUAUUAUUUUUUGAAAAAUAUAGUUAAGAGUGUUACUGCGAUUACUAUCAGCUUUUAGUUGAGACAUCAGCCGACUUGAUAUGUAUUCUUUUAGCUUCAAUGCAAACACACAAAAUGGUUUUGCUCGAAGACUAAAACCAACUCCAGGAUGUAUACCGAGUUUUAGAAGUGACUUAUGAAUAUUGACACUGCAUGAAUUGUUACACAAGUGCCACAAUCAACGAUUAUAAGAUAUUGUGAAAUUUGAUCUUAGGUGUA